CUACUCCAUCUUACACACAGCUGAACACCUCUGUCCCAUUCCCCUCCUUUCCGCCUUGACGCGCCUGUGACCUCCCCUCGCUCUCUUCUGUUCGACGCCAUCUGUUACGCUCAGCAAGCCUCUUUCACCCACCCAGGCUACGCAGUCCUUCAGCCGCACCUUUCCAUGUAGCCUGAUCAUUCUCCGCCAUCAGGCUGUACUGCACAUUUGAGUCGCUCUAUUCCCGUUUGCCGCUCGCCCGCAUCCUGUUGCUUCAACCCCGCAACCGAGUCCGCUCGCCGUAGCAUUCCUAUAUCUUUCAUAUCAACCCGGCAACCUCGUUCCCUCAGCUCAGAAUUCGCUCAUUCGGCGGCUGGACCUUGCAUCUUCGAAGCGCAUGAGAAAGGAGUAAUUAAUCAGUAAUGUCGGCAAGAGGCGCCCGAAGCCGAAAGGCAGUGGUGAAAGAUAUCGAGAAAAAGGAAAAGAAGGCUGCAGCGAAGACCAAGAAGGUCGAGUCGAUCCGCAGGCCCCACGACGCAUUCGCGGAUUGGCCACCCACGCCGAGCGUUAGUACGAGAGACGCCAGUCUUCCCUCGAGGCAGCUCACCAUCUCAAGCGAUGCUAGUCGCGCAACUUCGCGAACCAGCUCCACCAAUCGCAGCGCCAGUGGCAGCAGACCUCGCUUGAACACCAUCAACUCCCAGGAGUCGUCCGAGUUUUCCAGUAAGCUCCAUCGUCCGAAGACUUCAGCGAGCGGAGCUGCGUCCAUCUCGGAUAGCUCGUCUAAGGGAAAGGAGAAGUCGAAAUAUCAGGCCAAGGGAAAAGAAACGAAAGCACCCCGGGGGAGGGGCGGGGGCGUGCCCGUGAAGAAGCCCGUCUCCAACACACCUGCGCCCCCGAUCUUCCGAGCAGAGUCUACUCUUUCGUACGCGCCUACGAGCAAUAGGACGUGGAUCAACUUCCGAAUAUGGGAGGGUGGAGAACAAGGGCUGCGGCCCUACGGAGGCUUCGACUUCGAUGAACAUAUGCAGACCGGUAACGUCCUUAUCUACUUCAAAGAGGAGCAGGCCAAUGAGGAUCGUCCAAUCCCUCAGAUCCGUGCAGAGCUGGACGUGCUUGAAAGUUCUGGCUCUACGUGGCUUUGCAACGCACUACUCUACGGUCGCAUUGACGAUAAUGAUGAUGACUGGACACUGCCAGGGAGUCCUGAAUCUUCGACCCCUUCGCAAGCUUUUUCUCCCAACUUCCCUUCGGGCCAACGCCAGAUGCUAGCUCCAACAUCGCCGGGCGGGAUAUCGCCACCCCCUUUCAAUAUCGACCAGGCCUACUAUGGAGUCCCAGGAAGCGGCACAGCAUCAAGAGCUCAGUAUUACACGGACGAAAAUCGGCCUGGAGCGCAAUCGCCGCCGCCGUUCCAGCAAACCAACCCGCAUCAGCCGACACAUGAGCUCUGGUUCACUGCGCCCGCUCAUUGCAAAACUCCCCAAAGUCAGCGACUGCAUCAUGUAGCUGUUCGGAAUUUCCUCGCCAUGCUGCAUAACAAGCCAAUCGUAGGGUCGGAUCUGUAUGAGAUGUUGAGCACGCUCCAGCCGGAAAUCCAGGUCAUGUACGAUCUCGACCACGACAAUCAGUCGAGGAUGACGCCCCGUGAGCGCAGCGUCCGUAUGAUAACGGACUAUCUCACCCAGCACAAGCUCGACGACGUCCGGAAUAGUAUCAAGCUUGCGCUUGGCCUGCUUGCGUGGGCGGAGCAGGAUAACGUGAAAUGGAGGCAGGGAUAUCUGGAAAGCUUCGUGCAUCUUGCAGGCAUCAUGACUCCGCAGAUCGAGGAACUUCCAGACUUUAAGAGGUUGUCCAUUGUAACGAGGAGGAACCUGGGGAUCGCGGCGAAGACUCUGCAGCUGCAUGUGAUGGAGGCGGAAGAAAAGUUGGCGACAUUCGACUUCGUCGAUCUAUGGCUGGACCCGGCGAAAGCUGCGGGCUCUCCAGUUUACCAGAGUUACCAGGGAUUCCGCCAAUUUCUCGUCAACUACUACACCAAGAUCUACGGAAACUGGCCGCCGAACCAGGGCAAGAGCUGGCUAAACCGGAGAAUUGCGCUCAGCCUGCAAGAAGACUUCGGCGCGCUCUACGACUACCUUGUCAACCGCGACGUGGUGUGGGAUGCGCAAGAGGAGCGUCCAGGCAAAAAGUGGCAGAUGGUCAGCCGGAAGACCCAAGACUUCAGGGCUGACCUCCCCGAGCUGUCUCUCUCUGAUAUGCUCGUCACAUUCGACAACCGGCACGGCUACCAGCACAUUCCUCAUCCGUACCCGUUGCUGCCAAGGGAAGUACACCAGCCCAAGGUUAAAGAGAAGAGGAGUCUGUUCAGCGGCCUGAAGAAGAACAAGACGGACGCCACCAAGGAUGCGAAGGCGCAUCUGCAGAUGUCCAUCGUCUUCAGCGACGCCACAAACAUCGAGAAGCUCGAUGCGUCUUUCAACGGAAGCACCCUAAUCGACCAAUUCGAGCGCUUCGAGCUCGGCGCCGACCUCAAAAACACGACGCCCCGCGAAGCCCGCCUCGGCCGCUGGGUCCUCCUCUACGGCAUCCUGCAAGUCCUCUCCACCCUCUCCGUCGACGUGCAGUCGCUCAAGUACGCCGACGGCGUGCGCUACUUCCUCUGCACCGACCUCAAGCGCUGCCCCGAAUGGGUCACCAUCGGCAUGACCGAGUACCUCGAAGCCUCGCAACAGCGCAGCUGGUGCUGGCAGCGCUCCUGGGACCCGACGCCCAUCGCCGGCGCGCCCGCCGAGCUCGAGGGCAGCAGCAUGCCCGUCGGCGAGGAACUCGACAGCGGCGCGCUCGACGGCGCGACCAUGCUGAACAGCGACAUCCGCCGCAUCAGCGAGAAGAUUGAUAACCUAGGCUUCGGCAACGGCGCGCGCAUGGCGGCGCAGCGCGAGCUCGAGAUCCGCAGAGACAACGAGAAGGUGAUGCAGGGCGAGUUCCACCGCCAGAAGAUGGAUAACACCUAUCGGCUUACCGAGAGCGAUUUCGUGGCUCGCCCGCUCGUCCCGAAUAGGAAUCCGUUGAGGACGCCGGGCAGCAGUGGGCCGAAUACGCCGAAUUAUGUGGGCGGCGGUGGCGGGCCGGGGAGCCCGAAUGGCUAUGCGACGAGUCCGCAAGUGAGGGCGAUUCCUCCACCGCGGGGGUACUUUCCGGACGAGAAGGCGGGGUGGGGAUGAGUGCUGCUGUUGUCAGAGAAGGGCUUGCGGGUUCUGUUUCU